AUGGUCGUAGCCCGCGGCCGACAGGGCCUUCGACCUCAACAGCUUGGGCAGAGCACAACGUGCGGGCCGCGGGCGAGUGAUGCUGCCGCUCUCCACGCACGUGCCACUCCGUCACGCCUUAAUUUUUGCGGAACGACGCACUCUUCCCACCACCACCGCUUCCGUUCACAGAGUGCACCUCCAUUGUCGAUCGCGCCCUCGAGUGAUAUGCUCUCGGCUUCGACGCUCGACCUCACCUUUGACGACGAAGAAGACUUCCGGCCACCGCGGCUGUACCGGGCCGCGUCUGUCGUCAACAGUUAUGCGGUCACCUCCAUUGGCAGGGGAGUCGCUUGGGAUGAAACCGACGCUUCCCAUAUGAAUGGAGAUGGAGGCUAUCGCAAUGCCAAAGAAAAUACAGGUCUUUUCUUCGAUACGCCUUCCGAGAGCAAAUUGUUCUUUUCAUCUGACUCUUCUGAUCGCCUACAAGACUCACCCCGCAUUCUACAAGAAGUCAUGCGGCCUGUCACCAACUCGUUCCUCCCCGUUGUCACAAAUGAACAAUUCGUCUACUCCCCUCCUACUUCGCGUCCGACUUCUCCUCUAAACUCCGUCCUACCUUCACAUACGCCACCUAUGUCCCGCUCGCCCACACAGCCUCCGCGUCCACGCAGACGCUCCUCGCAACAACGCGUCUCCCUUAUCGCUGGACGCGUGUCAAUCGCCACUAUCGAGCCGCCUUCACCUGUUCUACCCCACAAUCUUCUUCGGUCCGGCAGUACGAGCAGUCUGCUCAGUCAGGCUGCAAGUACGCGCGCGCCCUCUCCUGUCAUUAGCGAUUCCCUGGGCGACCGCAGCAUUUCCGACUUUGUCAUCGAGGCCGAGAUUGGCCGUGGCGCAUAUGGCCUCGUCAAACGCGCUCGGCCAAAGAUGCCGGAUGGCGGUCUUGGGCCCCCCAUCAUCAUAAAACAAAUCAUCAAGUCGCGUAUUCUCGCCGACUGUUGGAAAAAGCAUCCUAAGCACGGCACCAUUCCAAUAGAGAUAUAUGUCAUGUCCUCGAUCUCUCAUACGAGCUACGUUCUUCCGGCAAAGCGACCUUGGGAUCCACUGCGAAAUGCAAUCUACGAGAGCGAUAACACUCCGACAAUAUCCCCGCCGACCCUCAGUAACGAUGGCGAAACAGGACCUGCAGAGGCCGGCCCUUCGUCGAUCUCUCGGGCCGCGGCGGAACUGCCUUGGGUUGAAGGCGCUGUGGUCAAUGGACAUCCUAACAUCUGUGCUCUCCUGGAAUUCUUCGAGGACAAUCACUAUUACUACAUCGUUCUUCCCUUCCUCGCACCGGAGCCAGCGGAAGGGCUCCUUGGGCCCUCGAGUGAGGCUUUGCGGGCGUUCUCGGAUGUAGCAUCCUCUAUUCCGGCAGGCCCAUCGCAUCCGACGCCAGGGGAUUUAUUCGACCUAGUCGAGAUCUUUCCGAACGGACUUCCGGCAAAUGCCGUCAGAACUUAUCUCGGCCAGCUUGCUGAUGCGUUGGCGUUCUUGCACGAUCGGGGGAUAGUACAUCGCGAUGUCAAGGAUGAGAACGUUGUCCUAGGUCCGGACGGACGAUGUAUCUUGAUUGACUUUGGCAGCUCCGGUCUGGUGAAACGGGGUGGCUGGGACACAUUCAGCGGAACUCUUGACUAUGCUGGUCCUGAGAUUUUGCGCGGUGAACGUUAUGAAGGUAAACCUCAGGAUGUUUGGGCCUUCGGCGUCGUGGCCUAUGUCCUUCUGGUGGGCGAGUGUCCGUUCAUGACGCCGGCCGAAGCCCAGGAUGGUAUCGAAAGUCCAUUCGCCAGUGCCGCCAUGGCAUUAGAUGAACGCUGCAACCCCGAUGACGAGAAUGACCCUUGCGGCAAGGCCCGGGAGGUAAUCGAAGCAGAUGGCGGUGGCGCCCUGGAGGACGGUGCCGCUCUCGUGCGAGCUUGCUUGCAAGUUGAAGUUGAUAAAAGGCCCAGUUUCGAGCGGAUCAUGCAAUGUCGCUUUUUGGCGGGAGAUGUUGAGGGCGCUUGGGUGUAAACGGAGGAGAGAAGAUCAUGAAUGUAUUGUAUCCAGUAAUCGAACGCCUCAGACGCAUGCAUCUCUUUUAUACUUAUACGUGUAUUUCAUCGUUGUGCCAUCCUGCAUCCUCUACUACUUGCUUCGGUUCUCUGUGUUCCUUGGAUCCAACAUUUCUGUGAAAUCGGAUUUCGAAAGAAUCCGCAGUCUCCGUAAGUGAUGAGUGUCUAGGCGCUGUCAGCGAUAAAAAUGCCGUUGGCGGUGAGAUGGGUCAGAUAACACAGAUUGUUCAAUACAACCAAGUCGUUUGGGAUCCGAACUCAUCAACAUCUACGAUGACAGAGUCUGAACAACGAGCGUGUAAUCGAGCCACUUCAGCACCCCUGCUUCGAGAAGGAGCGACUGGGAUGCGACGGGACCGAACGAUCGAUGAUAGAUCGAGAUGGCCAUUGACAACGGCCUCGCAUGCAAGCAGGAAUCAGAUGAGAGUGUGUUUUUCGA